AAACGAACCACUCAAUAAGAUUGCUAUUUCUAGGGCUUUUCAUGAACUAUGGAAACGAAAUGACAUACAGUCGGAAGAAAAUGAUUGUAACCGUCUUUUAGAGAUUUUAAACGAGUUAAUGGCAGAAAAUCUAGAUAGUGAUAGGAAGCGACAUCUCAUAUCAUUACAAGAUAUCGAUAAGAAGUUUCCUCUUUAUAUUGUAGUAUGCAAAGACGAUAAUAACGUGAAUAUUACUUUUACAGAUGCGAAAUUUAUGGAAAGAAUUGAAAAUGAUGAUUUGAUUCGAUUCGAGACUGAUGAAUCUCCAGAUUGGAAAGUACAUGCUAUCCGUAACAUCGGUAAUAUAAAGGACAGACUACAGAAAGCAAACACAUCGGUACAUGAACGUCUUCUCGAGGAAAUACAAGACGUAGAUAUUAAUGAUUUAACCUAUGAUGACCCGUUGGCUAAUGGUAUAGUUGACCUCGGAUCUUCUCAAUACCAGUUAGUAGAUGAUGACUAUGACGUUCUUGUGGGUGAGAAAGGUGGCAUAAGAAACUUAAGAAAAGGUUCUUUGAUAAAGAGAGUGUGCGUAGAUUAUGUUACAAAAAGAAACGAAAUUCAAAACCGAUGCAAAUUUAUCAUUGCACCUUCAGAAACGACAAGACACAAGCACUGG